UGUCACCGCGCUCAGAUCGGCACAUUUUUCCGGAGCUGCACCUGGACUACACCAACACACUGUCUAUUGGAGAACACAUGCAUUUGGAGAACUGUGGAUGUACAUAAAUAGGCUAUGUUUCCUGCUGUCUGACAUUUAAAAAAAAAAAAAAUGUUGCUUUGGAAGAUGGUCGGGAUGUCUGCCGAGGGGGCACUCAGACAGCUGAUGGGGAUCCAAACAAGGAGCCUUUAUAUUCCUUCUGAGAAGUCCCUGUAAAAUAAUCAGACACCAGGACAUCGGUGACCCUGAGAGAGUCCGAUUGGAGGUAACCUUGGAGGACUGCAAGGAAUGAAAGGUCUCUGCGUAAGAGAAAUAAAGUAGCACCAUUUUCCCUACAAGGACGAUUUUCAUCGCGUCAAAGAGACCGUUUGUGUCCGGAGACGCGCGUGCGGUCUGCGCGCACCGGUGCGCAAAAAGACCCUCCAUAACCAAACGCUGCACUGUUGGUCUCAGAGACGCGGGUGACUUUAGCGUUGUGGGACACAGAACAAACCACUGAUCUCCAAAAACUAGGAGUGACCCCACUUCCAACUCGCCUGGCCAAUCCAUGGCAAGGGGCAGAGUCAUUUACACCAGCCAAAUCGGAAUGAGCGGUGGGGCCAUGGAGGUUUUACAAGUGCUGUUAUUGGCUAGUCUGCUGGGGCCCGCAACUCUAGCGUUCAGUCGUGCCCCAGUGCCCAUGGCAGUUGUUCGGCGAGAGCUGUCCUGCGAAAGUUACCCCAUCGAGCUGCGCUGUCCUGGCACGGACGUCAUUAUGAUCGAGACGUCAAAUUAUGGCCGGACAGACGACAAGAUCUGUGAUGCUGAUCCAGCCCAGAUGGAGAAUACGGACUGUUAUUUACCUGAUGCUUACAAGAUCAUGAGCCAAAGGUGUAACAACCGGACCCAGUGCGCUGUAGUGGCCGGACCGGACGCCUUUCCUGACCCCUGUCCUGGAACAUACAAAUACCUGGAGGUUCAGUACGAAUGCGUUCCAUACAAGGUGGAACAGAAAGUAUUCUUGUGUCCAGGGCUCUUGCGUGGUGUUUAUCAGAGUGAGCAUCUGUUUGAAUCAGACCACCAGUCUGGUUCCUGGUGUAAAGACCCCCUGCAGGCAUCUGAUAAGAUCUAUUACAUGCCUUGGACACCGUAUCGCACGGACACCCUCACCGAGUACUCCAGCAAAGAGGACUUCAUCGCAGGACGACCCACCACCACCUAUAAACUCCCUCAUCGGGUGGAUGGCACAGGCUUUGUAGUUUAUGACGGGGCACUUUUCUUCAACAAGGAGCGUACACGGAACAUUGUCAAGUUUGAUUUGCGUACUCGUAUCAAGAGUGGCGAGGCCAUCAUUGCUAGCGCAAACUAUCAUGAUACGUCUCCGUAUCGCUGGGGUGGGAAGUCAGAUAUUGAUUUGGCUGUGGACGAGAAUGGUCUUUGGGUGAUUUAUGCUACGGAACAAAACAACGGACGAAUCGUGAUCAGCCAGUUGAAUCCGUACACGCUGCGUGUGGAGGGAACGUGGGACACUGCCUACGACAAACGCUCCGCUUCCAAUGCUUUCAUGAUCUGUGGAAUCUUGUACAUUGUAAAGAGCGUUUAUGAAGACGAUGAUAGCGAAGCCACCGGGAAUAAAAUCGACUACAUUUACAACACGGAACUGAGCAAAGAUGGCUACCUGGACAUUCCUUUCCCAAACUCUUACCAGUAUAUCACUGCCGUGGAUUAUAAUCCCAGAGAUAAUCUGCUCUACGUGUGGAAUAACUACCACGUGGUCAAAUAUUCCCUGGAUUUUGGAAUGUUAGACGGCAGGCCAGAAUCGUCAUCCUCAGGGGAUGUCUUAAUGGACACCACCACGACUCGGACCACAACACGGCCCGUCACUGUUACCAUAGCAACCACCUCCACUACAACCACCACCACUACAACAACCACUACCAAAUCACCUUCCUCAACGACAAUGGUCACACGCAGCACUACGUCGGUUCGCAAGCUUGCGGGGGGCGCAGUACCUGAGGCCACCACACGCUCGGACCCCUCCUCUGUUCUGCCUAACGUCGCCAUCGAAUACUGCAGCCCCAUCAUUGACCCCACCCUCACCUGGCCCAAAACACGACAGGGGCUCAUCGCCAAGCAACCUUGCCCACCUGGAACCAUCGGGACUGCUGUGUUUACCUGUCAGGGGCCUGAGGGACUGUGGGACCAACUGGGGCCCGAUCUCAGCAACUGCACCUCCACAUGGGUCAACAUCAUCAACCAGAAGAUCCGAGCGGGCGAGCCAGCUGCCAUUAUCUCCCGCGAGCUGUCCGAACAGACCAAAGGCCACAUGCACGCGGGCGACAUCACCUACACGGUACGGGCCAUGGGCCAACUGAUCGACCUGCUGGACGUCCAGCUCAGGAAUCUCACCCCCGGGGGAAAAGACAGCGCUGCCCGAAGCCUCAACAAGCUGCAGAAAAGGGAGCGAUCGUGUCGAUAUUUUGUCCAGGCCAUGGUGGAGACGGUGAAUAACCUGCUGCAGCCACAGACACGGACAGCGUGGAUGGAGCUCUCAAUGAGCGACCAGCUCCGGGCCGCAACCAUGCUACUGGACACCGUAGAGCAGGGCGCAUUUGUUCUCGCCGACAACCUGCUUAAAACCGACGUUGUACAAGAAAAUACAGAAAAUAUACAGCUGGAGGUGGCAAGGAUGAGCACAGAUGGAAAUCUUCCCGAUCUUAGGUUUCCUCAGACUGGAGGCCAAGGCAAUGCUAUUCACCUGUCAGCAAACACCCUUAAACAGCAUGGGAGAAAUGGUGAAAUUCGGAUGGCAUUCGUCCUGUAUAAGCAUCUGGGUUCAUACCUGACAACAGAGAACGCCAGCAUGAAGUUCAGCACUGAGACGUUAAACACAAACUACUCAGUCAUAGUCAACUCUCCCAUUAUAACGGCAGCAAUCAAUAAAGACAGUAACAAAGUUUAUCUGUCUGACCCGGUCAUAUUCACCGUACGGCACAUUCAGCAGUCUGAAGAGAAUUUCAACCCCAACUGUUCGUUCUGGAGUUACUCAAAGCGCAAUAUGACGGGUUUCUGGUCCACACAGGACUGCAGAUUGCUCGGAACCAACCGGACUCAUACCACCUGCUCAUGCACACACCUGACGAACUUCGCUGUGCUCAUGGCUCAUGUGGACGUGAAGACGGCAGACCCAGUUCAUGAUCUGUUGUUGGAUGUCAUAACAUGGGUGGGCAUCUUGCUCUCCCUGGUGUGUCUACUCGUCUGUAUCUUCACCUUCUGUUUCUUCCGCGGCCUCCAGAGUGACAGGAAUACCAUUCACAAGAACCUCUGCAUCUCGCUCUUCAUCGCCGAAACACUCUUCCUCACCGGCAUCAACCGCGCAGACCAGCCUAUCGCAUGUGCUGUAUUUGCAGCACUCCUGCAUUUCUUCUUCCUAUCGGCAUUUACGUGGAUGUUUCUGGAAGGCGUGCAGCUGUAUAUCAUGCUGGUGGAGGUGUUUGAGAGCGAACACUCGCGACGCAGAUACUUCUACCUGGCUGGAUAUGGAAUUCCUGCACUCAUAGUGGCUGUUUCUGCAGCAGUGGAUUACCGCAGCUACGGGACUGACAGAGUGUGCUGGUUGCGGUUGGACACUUAUUUCAUCUGGAGUUUUAUAGGUCCCGCCACGCUCAUCAUCAUGCUUAAUGUGAUCUUCCUGGGAAUCGCUCUCUACAAGAUGUUUCACCACACUGCUAUCCUGAAACCAGAAUCCAGUUGCCUUGACAAUAUCAAAUCGUGGGUAAUUGGAGCCAUAGCAUUGCUCUGUUUGCUGGGUCUGACCUGGGCGUUCGGGCUGAUGUAUGUAAACGAGAGCACCCUGAUCAUGGCGUACCUCUUCACCAUCUUUAACUCCCUGCAGGGCAUGUUUAUCUUCAUAUUUCACUGCGUCCUACAGAAGAAGGUACGGAAAGAAUAUGGGAAGUGCCUCCGGACACACUGCUACAUUGGGAAGAGUGUGGACUCCUCUAUGGGUUCAGGGAAAAGUUCAGUAUCCCGUGGACCUGGACGGUAUUCUUCCGCCUCACAGGUUCACCACCCGCCUUGUAUGACAAACUCCUCACAGUUACAGUAUGAACAAAGCCGAAUCCGCCGGAUGUGGAACGACACUGUGAGGAAGCAGACAGAAUCAUCGUUCAUGACAGGAGACAUCAACAGCUCUGCUACACUCAACAGAGGUGCCAUGGCCAAUCACCUCAUCCCAAACUCUCUGCUGCGCACUCACGCCUCUAACAACCCCUAUAACACCUUACUGGGCGAUUCUGCUGUCUAUAACAACCCCACUCUCAGCAUGUACAAUGCUCAAGAGGGAAUCCUGAACAAUGCUCGGGAUACAAGUGCCAUGGAUACUCUACCACUGAAUGGUAACCAUGGCAAUAGCUACAGCUUGGGUAGUGCCGAUUACUUGAGCGACUGCGUGCAAAUCAUAGACCGCACGUACAAUGUACACAAAGAGACCAAACUGGAGAAGCGAAUCCUCAAAGAGCUUACCUCCAACUACCUGCCCACCUACCUGAACAACCAAGACCGAACGGCAGAACAUGGACGCAACCUGAUGAACAAGUUGGUUAACGAAGUCAGCAAUGGCGGCGGGGUGAAAGACUCUACCAUGUUGCCUGUUAAUCUUGCGUUGGGUCUGGACGACUCACCAUCUUUCCCACCUGAGGAUUUUCUUGGUCUGGAGCUGAUCAGGGAAGAGUCCAGUGCACCCUUGCUUCCGCCACCACGUCCUGUCAACCAUGCCCAGCCACACCCCACGUCUUUUAGCUCCACCUCCUCAUCCCGACGACGCCUUCCUCAAGAAAACAGUGAGAGUUUCUUCCCACUAUUGACCGAAGAGCAAAUAGAAGAGACUCCAUCCCCCCAGAGAGACUCGCUCUACACCAGCAUGCCCACGCUGCCUGAUCCCGACCACAAUGAAACGCAUUCGCUGCCUUGCAGCGGCGACAUGCACACUCUCCCCAGGAGUGGGGAGCCUGAUGAAGUGUACUAUAAGAGCAUGCCCAACUUGGGCUCACGCAACCACCUGCACCAGCUGCACUCGUACUACCAUCUGAGUCGUGGCAGCAGUGACGGCUUUAUUGUCCAGCCCAAAGAUGAGCUUUCACCUGAAGAGACGCCACAGGAGCCCACACACCUGGUCACCAGCCUAUAGAGGACGCCACAGAACAUGCACUCCAACCCUCAUGCAUUCUGCCCACGCCCAGCUCUAUUCACCCUCCUGGCCAUGCCUAUACCCUCUCCUCCAUGUGCUCUUUUACGUUUCUGUACCGUUCAGUCGUCUGCAGUCGUUCAACUUUCGUUUUUUAUCUGUCUGCAGAGAAAUUAACUGCAACAAACAAUACAAUCUUGGGAGGUGAUUUUGUAUUGUCAUUGGUAGAGAAUUAUGGGUAACCCUUGUUUGUCAAUGAUUUUGAGAGCUGACAUUCUCUUCGGUCUUGUUGGUUGUGCACUUCUACUUAUAGGGAAAUGGACCCAAAAAUGGAUUUACUGUAUAACCUUCUGGGAUGUAUGAGAUUCCAAAAUGUGUUUUGAUUCUCAGCAACCCCAAAGGAAUAUGAAUAACUGCCAGAAACAUUGUUAGUAGCUGAGUGCGCCUAGUCAACACCAAUCAAGUGACUCAAACUAUUUUAAUACCACCUGAAUCCAUGUUUGCUUUUGAAUUUUUUGUUUCUUCUGAUAUGGUGAACAGCAGCACAUUUUGCUGCGAUAAUCCUGCAAAAGUGAAGCAAAACUGAUUUAGAACAGUAUAUAGAAGGACGCUUUCACCACACAUGCUCUAGAGAAUCCUUUCUUUUUUGCUGUAUUAAUAACAAAUAUUAAACCGAGGAGGGAAAAACUAAUACCAGAGAAUUCUAUGAUAUUUCUGUGUAAAUGUACAGACAUUAGCGUUACGCAGGAUAGUGCUUAUUCUGUUACGACGCUCUCCGCUUCCGUAACCAUGGUGAUUUCAGAUCAUUUCCAUUCUUUCCUGAUGGCCUCGUCCUUAGACUGGUUUCAAUCAAUUUUUUAUAAUAUUGUUUUCUUUCACAUCUUCAUUUCAAUAUGAACAAUGGCAAGUAACAAAAAUGACAGUGAAUGUUUCCUUGUUGUAUUUGAUUUAUUGUUCCAUUGUCUCAAGUUUGUAGAUAAAAGAUUAAUUAAAGCCCAAUAUUGAAAACAUAUCAGCAUUUUUGGAGUGAUAUGAGAAACAGCAUAAGGUCAUCAAAAAGCAUUUGCCAAACACUCGCUAAGGUCUUUAUUAUUUAGAGUGAGUUUGAUAGGGAUGCACACAAGGCACUUGUAUAAUUGAACCGCAGUGUUUUACUUAUUGAACACCCACAUUUAGAAUGAGAGAAGGUAGAAUACCUUGUCUUUGCCUUAUUUCUUUUCAGUAGGAGAAUGAACGGUUAUUUAUUUCACUAAAGCAAAAAGAUGAAAGUAACUAUUCUGCAAAAUGUCUGGGAAGUAAACAUUUAUGCAGCACAUGUAGUUUUUAUCAUCACAAAUAUUAUUAUAGAUUUUAUUUAUUGCAUUUUUCUGUUAUUUUACCCUGUGGUUGAAUGACCUCUCACUAAUAUUCGUUGUAACAGUGAAACUUGUUUGCCAACAAAUAAAUGACUGACAAAGAGUAAAGCCGUGGGUCUGGUAGAGUGUCUCAUGUAACGGUGAUUCUUCAAUUAAGGGCACUUUUGACUACAUUAAAUGUUGACCAAUAAAACUCUUCAUCCAUGUUAAAAGAUUUAUCAAAUGUCAUGGAAUAAAGAUUUGAUCAUGGCCUUGAUCAACA